UUCCUUCCAGACGACGGUGGCAGGCGACUGGUUCCAUGGAAUGUGUCCUCACUGUGGUCCAGGUUCAAUUAAAAAACAUCAGAGGAGACUCUGGAGGCAAGGAAAAUCAUGAAAAAUAUGUACAUAGAGUUGGAAAACAGUGCUCUAAACCAGUAGAAGGUGAAGAAAGGAAAGCAAAAAGAGAAGUAGAAAGUAAGGGAGAUGUUCAGAAAUUGAAAACUCCUUUGUCCCCUACUUAAGCCAUAUGCAUAAGAGAAGAUGUUCAGAGAAUCUAGAGCCAUGGGUCCCAGACAUGCCCACCCCAGCCAGGCCAACAGCAUCUGCAGGAUCUCCCAUGGCCCUGCCGUGCUCCUUCUUGGUGGCCCUGGUGGUGCUCAGCUGCCACUCCCUCGGUUCUCUGGGAUGUGACCUGCCUCAGGACCACAGCCUGCUGAACUGGAGGGCCUUGAUGCUCUUGCGACAAAUGAGGAGAAUCUCCCUUAUCUCUUGUGACAAGUACACAAAUGACUUUGCCUUCCCCAAGAAGGUAUUUGACAGCAAGCAGCUGCAGAAGGCUCAAGCCCUCUCUGUCAUCUAUGUGAUGAACCAGAAGACCCUCCACCUCUUCUGCACAGAGGGCUCACCUGCUCCCUGGAACACGACCCUCCUGGAGGAAUUGUGCUCAGGAAUUUAUCAGCGGGUGAACGACCUAGAAGCCUAUCUCAUGCAGGAGGCGGGGAUGGGAGAGACGCCCCUCGUGAAGGGGGACUCCAUCCUGAGGAACUACUUCCAGAGAAUCUCCCUCUAUCUGCGAGAGAAGCAAUACAGCCCUUGUGCCUGGGAGAUGAUCCGAGCAGAGAUCAUGAAACCCUUGUACGCAUCAAUGAUCUUGCAAGAAAAAUUAAGGAGCAAGCAAUGAGACCCAGUUCAACAUGGAAAUGAUUCCCUCUGACUAAUAAUACCAGACUUUCCAGAGUUCUUCAGUCUGGAGUGUCAAAGACUCUCAUUUCUGCUGUUAUCAUGGCAUGAAUGGAAUCAAUUUGUCGCAUGUUCUCAGGAGUACUAAGCAACAUUAAGUCAACGGUACAAGCACUUGUGGCUUUCAGAUGAUCAUGCUGAUCUGUCUAUUUAACUAUUUAUUUCACUAUUCACAAGAUUCAAAUUAUUUUUCUCUGUAUAAUAACAGGCACAUUUUCACUUUGUGGCAAUACAAAUAUACAUGCUAUACAUUUAUUAAA